AUGGAUUCAAUAUUACGUCAAAUAUUCGGUGAAAAUCAUAUCCAAAGCAGGAGGAUGCCAUGCGAAUCACCUUCAAGCAGCAGAUUGUGGCCCAACAAUGUAACCAAAGGAUCCGAUUGGACCGAUGCGGGUCGGAAGCAAUGUUCUGAUUCGUCCAAAUGUACCACGGACGAGGCACCACGGGCCCUGGACAGGGAAGAGUAUCCUGCUUGCACACCCCCCUGA